AUGACCGUUGACAUUCCUGCUAAAUUUCAAGGUUUUGGUGUUCACGAUAAAGAGCACUGGAGUGAACCAAAAUUUGUUGAAUAUACUCCAAAGAAGGUUUUACCUCAUGAUGUUGUUUUGAAGAACAUUUGUAAUGGGUUAUGUGGUACUGAUAUCCAUACUUUGAAAGCCAAUUGGUCUCCAUUGAAAAGAGAUGACUUGGUUGUUGGACAUGAAAUCAUUGGUACUGUUAUUGCUGUUGGUGAUGAAGUAACUCAAGUUAAAGUUGGUGAUCGUGUUGGUAUUGGUGCAUGUGCUUCUUCUUGUAGAUCAUGUACCAGAUGUCAAGAAGAAAAUGAACAAUAUUGUCAUAAAUCAGUUUCAACUUAUAAUUCAAUCGACCAUUUUGCUGAUAAUUACGUUACUCAAGGUGGUUAUGCAUCUCAUUCCAUUGCAAACGAACAAUUUGUUUUCCCAAUUCCUGAUGGGUUGGAUUCGGUUAGUGCUGCUCCUUUAAUGUGUGCUGGUUUAACUGUUUAUUCUCCAAUUGUUAGAAACUUGAAAAAAAUUGGUAAAAAGGAACCGGUUGUCGGUAUCAUUGGUCUUGGUGGAUUGGGUCAUCUUGCUGUUCAAUUUGCUAGUGCUUUAGGUGCUAAAGUUACCGUUUUUUCCAGAAGUAACGCUAAAAAGGAUGAAGCCUUCCAACUUGGUGGCCAUGAAUUCAUUGCCACUGGGGUUGAAAAAGAUUGGACCACUAAAUAUCAAGACAAUUUUGAUUUUAUCUUGAAUUGUGCUUCUGGUAUUGACGGUUUGAAUUUAAACGAUUAUUUAAGUGUUUUGAAAGUUGAUGGUAGAUUUGUUUCCGUUGGUUUACCUCCAGUUAAGGAUACUUUUGAAGUUACUCCUUUCAGUUUCUUGAAAAAUGCCGGUUCUUUUGGUUCUUCUUUAUUAGGUUCUAAAGCUGAAGCCCUUGAAAUGUUACAAUUGGCUGCUGAUAAAGGUAUUAAACCUUGGGUGGAAGAAAUUCCAAUCAGUGAAAAAGCUGUCAAUGAAGCUUUGAAUAGAUGUGAUCAAGGUGAUGUUAGAUAUAGAUUUGUCUUCACCGAUUACGACAAAGCUUUCACUAACUAA